AUGGUGUUGAAUGAUCAGACUGGAUCUCUCACCAUCACAAACAGCAGAAUCAAACACUCUGGACUUUAUAAGAUAGAGAUCAGCAACAGCAUCGGGACGUCAUUAAAGAAAUUCCAUCUUACAGCAUAUAAUUCUCCGUUUUUGAUCGAAGCUGAAAAAGUGAAGGGUGACAGAGAAGACAAUAAGACCACAUUUAGUCAUGAUGAGAUAUAUGGAGACAGACUGAAACUGGACAGUCAGACCGGAUCUCUCACCAUCACAGACGCCAGAAUCACAGACUCUGGACUUUAUAAAGAAAAGAUCAGUGGCAGGGGGAGGACCGAAUACAUGAGAUACAUCAUGAAUGUUUGUGGCCUGUCUGGUGUUGAAGUGAAGUCUGUGUCAGUGAUGGAGGGAGAUCCUGUCACUCUAAACACUGAUCUUACUGACGUACAGGAAGACCUUCAGAUACUGUGGCUAGUUGGACCUAAAGAGAUUCGCAUAGCUGACAUUCGUAGACAGAAACCCAAUACAUACAUUGAAACUGGAAGAUAUGGAGACAAACUGAAGCUGGACAGUCAGACUGGAUCUCUCACCAUCACAAACAUCAGAAUCACAGACACUGGACUUUAUAAACUAGAGAUCAUCAACAGCAGAGAGACGUCAGAAAAGAAAUUCAAUGUUACUGUCUAUGCUCGUCUGCCUGUUCCUGUCAUCAUCAGAAACUCUUCUCAAUGUUCUUCAUCAUCAGAAAGAUCUUCAGUGUCAAAAUGUGUGUUGUUGUGUUCAGUGAUGAAUGUGACACAUGUGAGUCUCUCCUGGUACAAAGGAAACAGUUUAUUGUCCAGCAUCAGUGUGUCUGAUCUCAACAUCAGACUCUCUCUACCUCUGGAGGUGGAAUAUCAGGAUACAAACACAUACAGAUGUGUCAUCAGCAAUCCCAUCAGAAACCACACACAACAUCUACACAUCAAUCAUGUCUGUCAGCCAUGUUUAGAUUUACACCAUAUUGACCUGGUUGUCAUCUUGGCGGUUAUUGUUUUCAUUCUGAUAGCAGCAGCUGGUUUGGUCGAGUUGUUCAGGCACUGGAUUGUAGUCAAACACUGUCGGAUCAAUAGACAAGAACGACAGGAAUGGACCCAACAGUGA